AUGGCGGCGGCGAUGACGACGCCAGUGGAGAAGGAGGUGGUCGUUGAUCGGGUGGUGUUCGCGUUGAACGGGCAGCGGUACGAGGUGGCCGGAGUCGACCCGUCCACGAGGCUGCUGGAGUUCAUCCGCACCCAGACGCCCUUCAAGGGCCCCAAGCUCGGCUGCGGCGAAGGCGGUUGCGGGGCUUGUGUUGUCCUUAUAGCAAAGUAUAACCCAAAGACGGAUGAAGUGACUGAAUUUACUGCAAGUUCAUGCCUGACACUUCUUUACACUAUAAAUUUAUGUUCGGUUAUCACUACUGAGGGUCUGGGGAAUAGCCAAGAUGGCUUUCAUGCUGUUCAGGAAAGGAUGUCUGGGUUUCAUGCCUCUCAGUGUGGCUUCUGCACUCCUGGAAUGUGCAUGUCUAUUUUCACUUCCCUUAUCAAUGCUGACAAAUCCAAGAGGCCUGAACCACCAAAGGGGUUCUCAAAACUUAAAGUGUCAGAAGCAAAAAAGGCUUUCUCUGGCAACUUGUGCAGAUGCACUGAUGUUGACUUGGAGGAUUUGGGCCUUAAUAUAUUCUGGAAGAAAGGUGAUAGGAACCCAGAUGUUAGUGAAUUGCCAAGUUACACCCUUGGUGGCGGAGUCUGCACCUUCCCAGACUUUCUAAAAACUGAGCUAAAAUCUUCUCUUGAUCAUCUGAAUAAUCCUUGUAUUGCAGCCUCCAGGGAGGGUUGGUAUCAUCCGAGAAGUAUCAAAGAAUAUUAUGAGUUAAUAAAUUCUUGUCUAUUUAGUGACUCAGUCAAAGUGGUUGUUGGGAAUACUAGCAGUGGUGUACCAGGAUACAAGGAUCAAGACCUCUAUAGUAAGUAUAUUGACAUAGGAGGCAUUCCUGAACUUUCAAAUAUUGUAAGGAGGGAGUCUGGCUUUGAAAUUGGAGCAGCUACAUCAAUCUCUAGAACCAUUGAGAUACUUGAGGAAGAAUGUGAAUCUAUAUCCUCUCCAAAUGGGAGUGUGGUUUUCAGAAAACUUGCGAACCAUAUGAGCAAAGUUGCUACACCUUUCGUUCGUAACACAGCUAGUAUUGGAGGAAACAUAGUUUUGGCACAAAGAUUCCCAUUUCCAUCAGAUAUUGCAACCAUACUCCUCGGUGCUGGUGUAACUGUUUGUCUUCAGGUAGUUGCAGAACGGAGACAAAUUACUUUGGAAGAGUUCCUAGAGCAGCCUCCUAUAGAUGCUACUACUUUACUCCUGAGCAUAUUUAUUCCACACUGGAUUCAAGAUUCUGGGACAAACACAAGUUUGUUAUUUGAAACUUACAGAGCAGCGCCUCGUCCUCUUGGCAAUGCUGUUUCAUAUGUAAAUUGUGCUUUCUUGGGGCAUGCUUCUGUGGAUGAACUAUCAGAUAGUCUUGUUUUGAGUAAUCUGCGGUUGGCUUUUGGUGCAUAUGGAACAGAACAUGCUAUUAGAGCAAAGAAGGUGGAGGAAUUCCUUACUGGUAAAUCACUCACUGCAUCGGUUGUACUUGGUGCAAUUCAAUUACUUAGAGAAACGGUUGUACCAAUGGAGGGAACAUCACAUCCUGAAUAUAGAGUCAGUGCAGCUGUUGGAUAUCUCUUCAGUUUCCUAUCUCCGCUUUCUAAAGGCAUCCCAGAGCCUGGAAAGUCUCUGGCCAGUAGUUCUGCUGAUUCAGCAGAUACAGAUGAUGUCUGCAAUCUGCCAUUAUCAACGCGUCGAGAAACAUUUUCCAGUGACGAUUAUAAACCAGUUGGUGAACCAAUUAAGAAGUAUGGUGUUGAACUUCAAGCGUCUGGGGAGGCAGUAUAUGUGGAUGAUAUUCCUGCUCCAAAGAAUUGCCUCUAUGGAGAAUUUAUUUACAGCACACAACCCCUUGCUUAUGUCAAAAGUAUAAAAUUCAAGUCUUCUUUAGCAUCAGAGAAGAUCAUCUCUUUUGUUUCUGCAAAGGAUAUUCCAAGUGGAGGACAAAAUAUUGGAUCAUCCUUCUUGUUUGGUGACGAACCACUAUUUGGUGAUCCGAUUGCUGAGUAUGCUGGUCAAGCUCUUGGCAUUGUGAUUGCAGAAACACAAAGGUAUGCUGACAUGGCAGCCAAGCAGGUUAUUAUUGAAUAUGACACAGAAGAUUUGAGCCCACCGAUCAUAACUGCGGAGCAAGCAGUGGAAAAGAGUAGCUACUUUGAUGUCCCCCCAGAAUUGUAUCCUAAAGAAGUUGGUGAUGUUUCCAAGGGCAUGGCAGAAGCUGAUCACAAGAUCCCAUCAACAGAAGUAAAACUUGCCUCUGAGUACUACUUCUACAUGGAAACGCAGACAGCACUAGCAGUUCCAGAUGAGGAUAACACUUUGGUAGUCUACAGUUCGUCACAGUACCCUGAACUUGCACAAAGUGUCAUAGCAAGGUGCCUAGGUAUUCCAUUCAGCAAUGUGCGUGUCAUUACAAGAAGGGUUGGAGGAGGCUUCGGUGGAAAGGCAUUCAGAUCAUUCCAAGUUGCAACAGCAGCUGCACUUUGUGCGUACAAGUUACGACGCCCUGUACGAAUGUACCUUAAUCGCAACACUGAUAUGGUUAUGAUUGGUGGUAGGCACCCAGUGAAAGCUCAUUAUUCUGUCGGAUUCAAGUCUGAUGGGAAAAUUACGGCCUUGCAUCUAGAUUUAUUAAUUAACGCUGGGAUAUCUCCAGAUGCAAGCCCCAUGAUACCAGGCACUAUUAUAUCUAGUGUCAAGAAGUACAACUGGGGUGCUCUGUCAUUUGACAUCAAGCUCUGCAAAACAAAUAAUUCAUCUAAAUCUGUAAUGCGUGCUCCUGGAGAUACACAAGGCUCUCUAAUUGCAGAUGCUGUAAUUGAGCAUGUUGCGUCUGUCCUGUCAGUGGAUGCGAACAGCGUGAGGGAAAAGAAUUUUCACACCUAUGAUACCCUUCAGUUGUUCUACCCAGAUAGUGCGGGCGAAACUUCUACGUACACAUUGCAUUCUAUUUUUGAUAGGUUGGCCGCAACUUCAAGCUACCUGGAUCGAGCUGAAUCCAUAAUGAAAUUUAACAGUAACAACAAGUGGCGGAAACGGGGCAUCUCUUGUGUACCCCUCAUUUUCAAAGUAGAGCCAAGGCCGGCCCCAGGAAGGGUUUCUGUGCUCAAUGAUGGCUCCAUAGUGGUGGAGGUUGGAGGAAUUGAAAUAGGGCAAGGUCUGUGGACAAAAGUACAGCAGAUGACUGCCUUUGCUCUGGGAAAAUUGUGGCCUGAUGGAGGUGAAAGUCUUCUUGAGAGAGUGCGUGUUCUACAGGCUGACACCUUGAACUUAAUACAAGGUGGGCUUACUGCUGGCAGCACUUCUUCUGAAUCUAGUUGUGCAGCCACCCUUCAGGCAUGCAAUAUGCUGUUUGAUAGAUUAAAGCCAGUCUUGGAUAGGCUGCAGCAGCAAUCAGAAAAUGUCUCAUGGGAUACUUUGAUUUCUCAGGCCUCUAAAGAUAAUGUUAAUUUAUCUGCAAGUGCGUACUGGGUACCUGGCCAAGUUUCUAAUAAGUACCUUAACUAUGGAGCUGGUAUAAGUGAGGUGGAGAUUGAUCUUCUUACAGGAGCAAUUACUUUAAUAAGGGGCGAUCUUGUGUAUGACUGUGGGAAGAGUUUGAACCCUGCGGUGGACUUGGGACAGAUUGAAGGUUCCUUUAUACAGGGAAUUGGUUUUUUCGUAUAUGAAGAGUAUAUUACGAACAGUGAUGGCCUGAUGAUUAGCAACAGCACAUGGGACUACAAGAUCCCAACUGUCGACAUAAUCCCAAAGCAGUUCAAUGCUGAGGUGCUGAACACUGGAUACCAUAAGAACCGUGUGCUUUCUUCGAAAGCUUCUGGUGAACCUGCCUUGGUUCUUGCCUCAUCCGUUCAUUGUGCACUGAGAGAAGCUAUCCGGGCAGCAAAAGUGGAGUUUGCAAUCAGUACUGUAUCUGGACGCUCACCGCUGGAAUUUCAGAUGGAUGUCCCUGCACCAAUGACACUGGUGAAAGAACUGUGUGGUUUAGAUAUUGUGGAGAAGUACUUAGAAUGUCUAUCUACCUAUGAACGUGCGGCUGGGGCGUAA